AUGUAUGACUACUGCCUUGAUUCGAGUUAUCUCCCCAAAUUCAACCUACCUGAUUUCAAUGGUAACAUUCUCAUGUGGAACGCCUUUUGGGAUGUUUUUGAAGUUGAGGUACACCAGAAAACCAAAUACUCAAACGCUACCAAAUUCAAUUUUUUGAAUUCUCGUCUGUCCGGCGAAGCUAAAGCUCUUCUACUCGGCCUGGUACCGAGUAAUGACAACUACACAGUAGCAGUCGCUCUAUUGAAGAAACGUUUUGGCCAACCGGCUGAAAUAAUCAUGGCUCACAUGCGAGCUCUCGUCGCAUUGCCAAAACCCGGAAACGACCGGAACUCACUUCGCAAGUUCGUCGACGCCCUAGAAUCGCACAUCCGCGGUCUAAAAGCACUCAAAAAAAUGCCAGAUUCUUAUGGAGAUUUACUGGUCUGUAUCCUUCUUGACAAGCUCUCAGCUGAGCUACGUCGCAACCUGGCUCGACAGAAUGCUGCUGCAGAAUGGGAUUUGGACACUUUACGGAAGAGUCUAUUAACCGAAAUAGAAAUCCUUGAAGAUAGUGAGAGCACACUCAUUCAUCCCUCAUCGCUCAAGCCUCCCAAGAAUUUGAAUGUUAUGUUUACGGGAGCAACCUCUUCAAAUAAGGAGUCGAAGAAAAGAGAAACUCCUCCUGUCCGAAAGCUUUACUGUCCAUUUUGUGAUGGCGAACACUGGCCUACUGACUGCACUUCCGUCAAGACAGUUGAAAAACGGUACGAAGUUGCAAAGACAAAAAGACUUUGUUAUAACUGCCUCAGAAAGUGUCAUCCAGCAGGAACUGAGUGCCCUUCUUCGUUUCGUUGUCGUGAAUGCCACCAACCUCAUCAUACUAGCCUCCACAAGCCGAACACACCUCGAAUUAUUGGUACUACUAUACUCUCAUGGUCUCUUCCGACUUCCGUGGCACUCACAACCACCAUUGCCAAAAAAAACGAGCCAUUUGUUUUUUUGGAAACUGCUAUCGCUACUGCCCAAUCUCAAAUUUUCAAACGCUCCAGUAACCUUCUGAUAGACAAGGGAGCACAGCGAACUUUCAUCACUCUCGAUCUCGUCAAGCAACUAAAACUCAAGCCAAUACGAAGAGAAAGUCUAGUUCUCAUUGGUUUCACUUCUUGCCGUGGUGUGUCUGAUUUUUAUGAUGUUGUACAACUAUCUCUGAUCGAUAGUCAAGGAUCACCUAUUCUCAUUCAAGCAAUCGCCAUUCCACACAUUGUGGACCCCCUCUCUGAUCCGUAUCGAACAGAUUUACUGAAGCUGCCUCAUCUCAAGAAUCUACUACUGGCUCAUCCGGUCUCAAAGAAUUCUAUCUUCAGCGUCGACAUUCUAAUCGGAGCUGAUUUCUACUGGGACAUCGUCGGUGAUCAAGUCAUUCGUGGGCCAGGCCCAACAGCUGUUCAAUCAAAAAUUGGUUAUCUCAUCUCCGGGCGGCUGAAUAAUUCGAGUGACAUCAUCACGCAAUCGGUCCUAAAUAUGCACAUCUCCGUUGAAGAAAAGUUCGACGUCACCCGUUUUUGGCAACUCGAAACCAUUGGAAUCCAGCCAGAUCUGGAAUCAACACAAACUACUCAAAGCUAUCAAGAGAAAUCGGUGGAGUUUCGAGAUGGAAAGUACAUCGCGAGACUACCGUGGAGUGAGAGUCACCCUCACCUUUCGUCCAACUUUCAAACAUGCCAGAAAAGGACACGAGGAACUAUAAAAAACCUAGCCUCAAAGGAAUCAGAUGGACUCAAACCCUAUUCACGAAUCAUUCAGGAUCAGCUGGACAGAAAAUUCAUCGAGAAGGUUCCGUAUGCUGAAAUCAACAAUCAAAGUCACUACAUUCCACACAUCGGCGUUUUCAAAGACUCUGCUACAACACCGCUAAGAAUCGUUUAUGACUGUUCAUGCAAAACUCCAGCUGGAGUCAGUCUGAAUGAUUGUUUAGAAAUUGGCCCUCCACUCCAGAACGAUAUGUUGGCCAUUCUCCUUUGCUUUCGCGUGCACACUAUCGGUUUAACAGCCGACAUCAAAAAGGCUUUCCAUCAGAUUAGACUUCACGAGCAGGAUCGCGAUUUCGUCCGUUUUCUAUGGGUAAAGGACCCUCUAGACCCGAAAUCUGAUUUCGAGUCAUUCCGUUUCCGUGUUAUUCCAUUCGGUGCUAGCAGCUCUCCAUUUAUCCUCCUUUCGGUGAUCAAGAAGCACCUACAAGCUAGUUCAUCUCCGCUAGCGGCUGAUAUCAACCGAAACAUCUAUGUUGACAAUCUUAUAUCUGGUUGUGAAACAACGGAAGAAGCCAUGGAUUACUAUUUGGAAACGAAUAGUGUAUUGAAGCAAGCUGGACUUAAACUGCAGUCAUGGGGUUCCAACGAAAGCCAUCUUACGGCGAGAGCAAACAGCGAAGAUGUCAGCGAUGGAUCUACAUUCACUAAAGUUCUUGGACUCAAUUGGGAUCGAAACGAAGAUACUCUUCAUCUCCCUAAUGUCCAGCUCUCACAUUUGUGCCAUCCACAGUCAACAAAACGAGAAGUGUUACGUGGCAUAUCGGCUGUGUAUGAUCCACUCGGAUUUAUUUCUCCACUUACAAUUCCAGCGAGAAUUCUCAUUCAAGACAUUUGGAAGCUCAAACUGGACUGGGAUGACGCAUUACCUCAAGAUCUGAUCGAAAAAUGGACAGACAUUUCGAAAACAAUCGAGAAUACUACAAUUUCCUUCGGUCGUCCUUAUCUCGCAAAGGGAAAAGCUCUUGAGCUACAUGUAUUCGUUGACGCGAGUCAAUCAGCCUACGGAGCUGUCGCUUAUCUUAGUGAUGGUGUUUCAUCCACUUUCGUUUUUUCAAAAUCCCGCGUCACACCUCUCCGAACCGACAAGAAAAUGCUGACCAUUCCUCAAGCUGAACUCAUGGCAGCUGUCAUCGUCACGCGUGUCACUUCUUCUAUUUUUUCAGCAUUUCAGCCUCUGGGAAUUUCUCUAAGCAUCUUUCUCUGGUCGGACAGUCAGAUCGUACUGUACUGGAUCAAGAAAAUGGGAAAGAUUAAGUGCCAAUUCGUACAUAAUCGAGUUGACACGAUUCGAAACUUCAACGAGAAUCACAAUGUCUAUUGGAAUUAUUGUCCGACGGCUUCGAAUCCAGCCGACCUACUCUCUCGAGGAGCAACUCAUCGUCAAUUCCAAUCAUCGACAACGUGGUUAACUGGCCCUGCAUGGCUUCUCAAACGAAGCGAUUGGCCGGCCUGGGAGGGAAAUGGUGAAUCUGCUGCCAUUUUUCAUUUAUCCGUCCUCUCCAGCGUAUCCAACAGCGCUCCGUUGCCCUCAAGCACAAAAGGAAUCGACAAGGUCUUGGAUAUAUCACGUUAUAAAUUUUCUUCUCUUGUUAGGGUAACAGCCAUCAUUCUUCGCUUCAUCAACAACGUCAAACUAAAGGCGAAAUCACGCUCAGACUGGUGCAUCGGCCACAUUAGAGUAUCUGAGCUACAUUCCGCGGAAGAAACUUGGCUCCUAGCAACACAAGGACAAAAUUUCUCCGAAGAACUGAGAUACCUACGAGAACCAACCGGAAAACGUCCAGCUCUCGUCUACCAACUGGAUUUAUUCAUCGGUAGCGACGGACUUAUACGUUGCAACGGCCGUCUGGUAAACGCUCAAUUAAAGAGAGACACAAUUCACCCCAUUCUUCUUCCAAAGGAAUCUGCCAUAUCCACACUCAUCAUUCUCUCUCAUCACGCCCUGAUGCUACAUGGAGGAGUCAAGCUGACCAUCGCAACAAUCCGCCAACGCUACUGGAUUCCUCAAAUUGUAACGGGCAUCGACUUCACUGGAGGUUUCAUCAUUCGCGGACCAAAAGAGGCACCUAAAACAGACCGUACCGUCUAUAUCCUCCUCUUUACCUGUGCGUCAACCCGCGCUAUUCACUUGGAAGUAGUGGAAGAAUUGACUACGCUCUCUUUCCUCGAAACAUUCCGCUGUUUCAUCGCACACCAUUCACGUCCCGCCAUCAUCAUGUCCGACAAUGCCAAAACAUUCGAAAAGGGCGCAAAGGUCUUCCAAAAGAUUUUUCGCGACCCUUUUACUACCAAACAGCUGUCAGAUCAAAAGGUGGAAUGGCGUUUCAUCCCUAAACGAGCCCCAUGGUACGGUGGUUUCUGGGAGAGACUAGUCGGAAUGACCAAGGAAGCCCUCUCAAAAAUUCUCGGUCGCACGAAACCCACCCUCAGUGCUUUUAGAGCCCUCGUCGCCGACGCUGAAACAGUAUUGAACGAUCGCCCUUUAUAG